AUGAUUGCUAGAGAAAAUUAUCCAACUGCAAAAACGGUAGAAGAUUGGGAAUGUCCAUCAACUAUAACUACUACUUCAUUUCCAGAAAGCGCAGAUUACAGCAACCCUCACCUCAAGCACCACCAUCAAACUCAACAAAUGAACCACCACAACUCAGAAGCAGAGGCUCGAAACCAGCGGCACAAAUACAUAUCGGCUGUCAAUUUUUUGUUAAGAGCAACUAAUAAGAAAAAACGAAAUGAAGCCGUCAAACGCAGAGCUGCUUACAUGUUAUUUUCUAUGGUUUGGAUGCUUACAUCAAGUAGAGAAAACAAACAGACCCUAAAGCGCAUGAAAAUGUUUGCGGGUAAAAUCGAAGGCCAGUAUAGGUAUUGUAAGUAUAAGAUUUAG